GGUAUCCACAACCUAGCAAUCUCGUAAUCGCCAUUAGAUUUGCUUGAUAAGCCUGCCUGGAUAGAGCAAGAGUUACCUUACAGAGGAAAAGAAAACCGCCCUGGAAUGGCCCAACCAUGCGCCGCGUCGUCGUGACGGGCCUCGGCGCCAUCACCCCGCUCGGCGUGGGCGUCCGGCGCACCUGGCAGCGCCUGCUGGCCGCCGAGUCCGGGCUCGUCAGCGUCGCCGACCGCGUCCGCGGCCCGCUCGACAAGUCCCAGUGGCAGGACCUGACCAGCACAGUGGCUGGCGUCGUGCCCACCGAAUUGUCAUCGACGUCGACGUCGACGUCACCGUCAGCCGAGGUCUUGGAUGGGCGUGGCGAGGGGCUGUGGCGGCCGUCGGACUGGCUGGACGCCCCCGCCCAGCGGCGCAUGUCUACGUUCGCCCAGUAUGCGGUGGCCGCCGCCGAGAUGGCGCUGCGCGAUGCCGGGUGGUCGCCGACGAGUCCCGAGCAGCAGGAGAUGACGGGCGUGUGUCUCGGGAGCGGGAUCGGGAAUUUGGAUGACAUUUAUGCCACCAGUGUGGACUUUGAUCGAGGGGGCUACAAGAAGGUCUCGCCGCUGUUCGUCCCCAAGAUUUUAAUCAACUUGGCGGCGGGCCACAUUGCCAUGCGCUACGGCUUUCGCGGCCCCAACCAUGCUGCCACUACCGCGUGCACUACGGGCGCCCACUCGAUCGGCGAUGCCGCGCGCUUCAUCGCCUUUGGCGACGCCGACGUCAUGGUGGCCGGCGGCGCCGAGUCCUGCAUCCAUCCGCUCACCUUUGCCGGCUUCGGCCGGUCGAGGUCGCUGUCGACGGCCUUCAACCACGAUCCGCCAGCCAGCUGCCGGCCGUUUGACGCCGACCGCGCCGGCUUCGUGGUGGCCGAAGGCGCCGCCGUGGUCGUGCUGGAGGAGCUUGAGCAUGCCAAGCGGAGAGGCGCCAGGAUAUGGGCCGAGCUAAAGGGCUAUGGGUGCAGCGGCGAUGCCCACCACAUGACGGCGCCGCGGGAGGAUGGGUCGGGCGCCUUGUCCGCCAUGAAGAGGGCGCUGAAGAACGCUGGGGUGAAGCCCGGCCAGGUCGAUUACAUCAACGCGCACGCCACCGGGACACAGAUCGGGGAUAUCGCCGAGGCCAUUGCCAUUCGAUCGCUGAUGACGGGCGAGGAUGGCGUGGACGAUGAGAGCAAAGUCACAGUCAGCAGCACCAAGGGCGCCAUCGGGCAUCUUCUGGGCGCAGCGGGCGCCAUCGAGGCCGUGUUUUCUGUUCUCGCAAUCGCCGAGAACGCUGUCCCACCGACGUUGAAUCUGCACAAGCCGGAUGUCGGCGUGCAGCUCAACUUCGUGCCGCUCCAGGCACAGGAGAAGCAGGUCAGAGUGGCCAUGUCCAACAGCUUUGGCUUCGGGGGCACAAACGCAUCGCUGGUCUUUGCCGAGUUGGAUUAGCAAACGACUUGCGACCAUCUACGGAAGAUUGGUGUGUCUGUGUACUAUUGACUGUAAAUGCGGAGGCAGAUUUGUGUACUUGAGGUUGCAUGACUGGGCUACCGGGGUCUACUGGGAAGCAAGCCAUAGAACGGGGCGCACAGCCACAUGAUAGAACAGCGGGAUUGUCAGAUAAAGCAUGGGAUUGAAACCGGUGCCAACGCAGACACCGAAGC